GGAGGAGGCCGUGCCGGCUCCAGCUCUGCCCCACUGGAGGUGGAAAAUAGAUGCCGGACUUUCCUCCCUGAUGUGUUUUUCCCUUGUGGAAACCCCCCGGGGGCCAGGGCGGGGCCGGAGUGCCCGGGCAGCCCUGGGCCUCUGUGGGUAUUUUCAGCUGGGGGAGGCAGGAUCGGGAGGAUGGCACUUCUGUACAGCCUCGUGCAGGAUGAGCCACGGCAAAGGAAGUGCCACUUGUCGGGCCUUUCGUGGGGCCCUGGGACUGCUGAGCUGCUGGUAGGCGGGGAGGAGGAAGGCAGGAGGAAGCCAGUGUUGAGCCUUCCUCUGGGCCGCCUGGUGGGGGAGGGCAGCCUCCUUGGCUCCCCCGGCCAGAGCUGCCCCGCCCUGGGGUUCGUGGAGCACCCCACGUGCUGGGCCGCCUAGAGGAGGACGGCCGCGGGCCUGAGGGAGCGGGUCCCCGGGCUCAGCUGUCCUGUCUGCUCCUGCUCUCCGGCCCCUCGUGGGUAGAGUCGGCUUGCUGUGCCUCUUACCCUGCCUGCAGAGGGCGGGAUCCUGUCCAGGGGCUGAAGGGCGGAGAAGCCGCCAGCAUGGAUGCGUUUUUUUACGGCUGGGAACGGGGUUCUCUUGGGUUCUCUCCCUGCUGAUCGGAGAAGGGGAAGAAAGAGAGAGACUCAGCCCUUGGCCUGGUCCCAGCCCCACGCUGACCGCAUGUCUCCCCCAGCUUCCUCCUCCUCGCCCAGCUGCAGCCCCCUGAGCCUCUUGGUACCAGCGCUCCUCACCCCUCCCUGCAAAACAGGCAGAUCCAUGGGCAGAGCUUCUGACCCCUCCUCCUGACCCUGACCCUGGCCUCAUCCUUGAGCAGUCCCAGUCUCCAGACAUUCCCAGUCCUUGGCCUCAUCAGGACCACUUGUCCUCCCAGCUACCUCGUCACCACUGGGCCGGCUGGGCCUGCUGCACCUCUCGUGCCCUGCCGGCUGAGGACAGGGCAGUCCCGUCUGCGUGUUCUUUACCCUAAACUGCACACCUCGGGGAGAGGAAGUUGGUUGCCCUUGUCCGGUGUCUUCUGGGCCUGGAGGCCCUCCUUGUUCCCAGAAUUAAGGCCAGAAGGGGAGGGAGGCACAGCCUCCGCUGCAGCAGCCGCACCCGCGAUGCAGAGCAUCAAGUGCGUGGUGGUGGGCGAUGGCGCCGUGGGCAAGACGUGCCUGCUCAUCUGCUACACGACCAACGCCUUCCCCAAGGAGUACAUCCCCACAGUGUUCGACAAUUACAGCGCCCAGAGCGCAGUCGACGGGCGCACCGUGAACCUGAACCUGUGGGACACAGCGGGCCAGGAGGAGUACGACCGCCUCCGCACACUCUCCUACCCUCAGACCAACGUCUUCGUCAUCUGUUUCUCCAUCGCCAGUCCGCCCUCCUAUGAGAAUGUGCGGCACAAGUGGCAUCCAGAGGUGUGCCACCACUGCCCCGACGUGCCCAUCCUCCUGGUGGGCACCAAGAAGGACCUGAGAUCCCAGCCUGACACCCUACGGCGCCUCAAGGAGCAGGGCCAGGCGCCCAUCACGCCGCAGCAGGGCCAGGCGCUGGCCAAGCAGAUCCACGCUGUGCGCUACCUCGAGUGCUCGGCCCUGCAGCAGGACGGCGUCAAGGAAGUGUUUGCUGAGGCCGUCCGGGCCGUGCUCAACCCCACGCCCAUCAAGCGUGGGCGGUCCUGCGUCCUCUUGUGACCCUGGCACUCAGCUUGGAGGCUGCCCCUGCCCCCCACCAGUUGUGCCUUUGUGCCUUGGCGCCUUGUCUGCCCCCAGCUGUGCCUUAAGGACUAAUCCUGGCACCCCUUGCCAGGGGGCUCCCCGAAUGCCUUUCGCUCCUUAAGGAGGCCCAUGGGGAGAGGGGCUUUGGGCCCCACCCCACUCCGUCUGGGAGCACCAGGUAUUCUUGAGAGCUCCCCCAGGCCGAGGUCGGACCCCUCCCCAAGAAGCCAACCCAGCGCCCCCUCCCUUCUGAGCAGCUGAUCCCGCUGUCCACGCAGAUGUCGCUGCCAGUUGUGGUGCUUUCUCAGAUUGGAGCUCUGGCCGUCCCCGACCUCUCCCCGCUGCUCUUGGAAUCGCUCCCCUCAAGAUGCUCUCCCUUCCCAAGAAGGAGCCACGGAAUCCUGAGAAGAUCCAUGUGCCCUACCCUACGCCCCUGUGCCCAGGCCUUCUGCGCCCGCUGACUGACUUGGCCCCCACCCCACCCCCUCCGGGCUCCUGGGGGCCUCUCCUACCCCCAUCAGCAUCAAUAAAACCUCCUGUCUCCAGUG